AUGGAAGCCCUUUGUCAAGAGUGGGAAAGGCCUUCACGGAAUGAGAAGGGCAUCUUAAAUGAAAUCGAUCCCAUACCCGCGAUUGCGAUUGAGGAGUUUUCCCAGCUCAAGGCACCAAGAUGCCCGAGUGCGCCAUGUUCUGGUAGAUUACUUACACAUUGGAUCGGGAAGAGAGAUGGGAAAAAGACUGCAAGGGCAUAUGGUACGCAAAGGAAAUCCGAUUUCGGUCAAGGACUGCCUCUUCCGGCCCCUUCCGGCCAAGUCAACUCGGCCCCGUGGAUAGAGGAUCCCAGAGAAAUCGAUAUCCUGUUGGGAUCUUCGUCUGUGCCGGGCACGUCUGUUGAAACGGGCACGUCUGUGACUCAACCUAGAGCUGGACCAGUAAACCCAGAGGCGGCCGACUCCUCCCAAACUUCUGGAGAUCCAGUCGCUUCCCCGGGGGAGGAAGCUGACUCCAAUCCCUCUUCCGAGGACAUACAAAUGGCUCGGAUUCACACCGAAGACCUAUUCGAGGUCAAGGUUGAGAUUAUAAAACUCAUGGCGGUCCUUGACCCAACGGGAGAUUGGAUGGGACGAGGAGCUAGAGCUCUCGAUAAUCCUCGUACCGCCACGGGGGAGGAGUCCGUGGGGAAACUCUAUGCCCUAUUGGAGGACCUGCAGACGAAUGGAGUGCAAUCACCUUCCUAUAAGAAAUUGAAAGGGAAGGUGUUCCAACGCAUUGAUCCAGAUAUGUCCGCAUAG